AUGUACGAUUUCGUAAAACUUCUGAUUUUUGUAGUUUUGGUGUCCUGUGUUUAUGGACAAACGGGAAACUUUGUCAAUAGACAAGGACAGACGAGAUCCCAGAAUUUCGGACAGUCUCAUCCAUGGGAACCAAGUUAUAAACCAAGCGUGGACUACACAUCACACCUGUUGGAAAACCAUUAUAAUCAACUUGCUCAAAAUCAACAAAAAGGAAUUCCACCAUACCAGCCAAAAUAUUCAGAUCAGUAUGGAUCGGGAUUUUCGAAUCAACACCAAAUUGGACCUGGAUUUACCGACCAACGACUACAACAACACAAGAUACAUCACCAGCAGGUUGCCAUAAUACCGCCACCCAUGAAUACCUACUACAAUGGACCUAUUGGGGGAUUUGGAUUCGGAGGAUCCGGUUUUGAUGCACCAGGAAUCGGAUUUGGCGUUCAUCACGCUCCGUUCUAUAGACCAAAUGUUGUUUCUCCCAUGUUCGUGAAUUAUGAGCGACCAACGUUCAUGGACAAGGUUGGACACUUCGUGAAAAGCGAUGCCGGGAAAGCCAUUGGAGCAAUGGCGGUAGGAACUCUUUUAGCCAAAGCUGUUAACAACUAACAAAGUAUAUAUAUGAAUAACCUGAGUACAAUUAAAAACGACAAUAAGAAUUAGCCAUCAUCCAGGUAUCCUAUCGUUCGAUCAUCUUACACUGUUAUAAUUCUACUGUUGUUUUCAAUAAAUG